AUGAACAGAAUUUACAAGGAGAAAGUAAAACCUGAGCAGAUUGUAAGAACUAAACUGCGAGAAGUUGAUGCAAGUGCAGUGAUGAGCAUGGUGUCAGGAUUUGCACCACUGAUUUCUGCAGGUAUUUUUUCAGCCACCCUCUCUUCUGCAUUAGCAUCUCUUGUGAGUGCACCUAAGAUCUUCCAGGCUUUAUGCAAGGACAACAUUUAUCCAGGAUUUCAAAUGUUUGCUAAAGGUUAUGGGAAGAACAAUGAACCACUGAGAGGAUAUCUUCUAACAUUUUUAAUUGCUCUUGGAUUCAUACUAAUUGCUGAACUGAACGUCAUUGCUCCAAUUAUUUCUAACUUCUUCUUGGCCUCAUAUGCCUUGAUUAACUUCUCUGUAUUCCAUGCUUCUCUUGCAAAAUCUCCAGGUUGGCGCCCUGCUUUCAAAUACUACAAUAUGUGGAUUUCUCUUGUUGGAGCUAUUCUGUGCUGCAUUGUGAUGUUUGUCAUUAACUGGUGGGCAGCACUUCUAACAUAUGUCAUAGUCCUCGGACUCUACAUUUAUGUCACUUACAAAAAACCAGAUGUGAACUGGGGAUCCUCAACUCAAGCUUUGACUUACCUGAAUGCACUACAGCAUUCUAUUCGGCUCUCAGGAGUGGAAGAUCAUGUGAAAAACUUUAGACCUCAGUGCUUAAUUAUGACAGGCCCUCCAAAUGCACGUCCAGCUUUGCUUCACCUUGUUCAUGCUUUCACCAAGAAUGUGGGCUUGAUGAUUUGUGGCCAUGUACAUAUGGGUCCACGGAGACAAGCCAUGAAGGAACUGUCAACUGAUUUGGCUAAAUACCAGAGAUGGCUAAUUAAAAACAAGAUGAAGGCUUUCUAUGCACCAGUGCAUGCAGAGGACUUAAGGGACGGAGGACAAUACUUAAUGCAGGCUGCUGGUCUAGGUAGAAUGAGGCCAAACACCCUUGUUGUUGGAUUUAAGAAAAACUGGAGACAGAGUGACAUGAGAGAUGUUGAAACCUAUAUCAAUUUGUUCCAUGAUGCCUUUGAUGUUCAGUAUGGCGUAGUUGCCAUACGCCUAAAGGAGGGCCUGGACGUUUCUCACCUUCAGGGCCAAGAAGAGUUACUGUCAUCCCAAGAAAAAUCUCCAUGUCCCAAGGAUGUCAUAGUAAAAGUGGAUUAUAGCAAGAAGUCUGAGACAGACACUCCUAUAGCUUUUGCUCUAUCAUCUACUGAAAGAACUCCUACUCUGCCUAAAGAGGAGGACGAGGAUGGAAAGACUCCAACACAACCACUGUUGAAAAAAGAUUCAAAGAGCCCAUCUUCUCCUUUAAAUGUGGUUGACCAAAGACUUCUUGAUGCUAGUACUCAGUUUCAGAAGAAACAAGGCAAAAGCAAUAUCGAUGUAUGGUGGCUCUUUGAUGAUGGAGGUUUGACACUCUUGAUUCCAUAUCUUAUUACAACCAAAAAGAAGUGGAAAGACUGUAAGAUCAGAGUGUUCAUUGGUGGAAAAAUAAACAGGAUUGAUCAUGACAGGAGAGCGAUGGCUACUUUGCUCAGCAAAUUUCGGAUAGACUUCUCAGACAUUAUGGUUCUUGGGGAUAUUAAUACUAAGCCAAAGAAAGAAAAUAUUGCAGCUUUUGAAGAAAUGAUAGAGCCCUUCCGACUUCAUGAAGAUGAUAAAGAACAAGAAGUUGCAGACAAAAUGAAGGAGGAUGAGCCAUGGAGGAUAACAGAUAAUGAACUUGAACUUUACAAAACAAAGACUUAUCGCCAGAUUCGGCUAAAUGAGUUGCUGAAAGAACACUCAAGUACAGCUAACAUAAUUGUUAUGAGUUUGCCUGUUGCACGAAAAGGUGCCGUUUCAAGUGCACUGUACAUGGCCUGGUUGGAAGCUCUUUCUAAAGAUCUGCCGCCAAUCCUCCUUGUUCGUGGGAACCAUCAGAGUGUUCUUACCUUCUACUCCUAAGAGUACUGAGCAUAGGACAGCGACGGUGAAAUGGUACUGCAGUGCCCAGGGGAGAGUGGCUGACACGGUCUGUAGUCUGUUAACAUCACAAAAGCAAAAAGUGACUCUUCUUUCACUAUUUCACUGACUUGAAAGCACACAAGGAAAGUCACUGUAUUUCUAAAGUUGUGACAUCUUGAGUUUUAUUCUAUAUUUUCUGUAAUUUAGUCUUGCUUAAUGGGGGAGGAUUCCUUGUUAGACUGAAGAACAUGACAAGCUUUUUGUUUGCUGUUUGAAUAGCAGCAAUAAAAUGUUUUAUUUUUGAUCAAUGAAAGGAUUAUAGAUUUUUAAAAGCCUUUUAGCCUUGAGGUGCCUUCUGAAAUUAACCAAAUCUCAUCCAUACAUCCUAUUUUGUAAAUUUAUAUAGAAUGUCAAAAUCUGCCUUCAAGUAAGAGUUUAGAUCAGACUUCCUUUAGUUUCUAGUUUCUUCCAUAUUACAAUAUAAAUGAAUGCUGCUUUUCA